AUGUCUGCUCCACAGCCGUUACAGUGUAUUAAGGUAAAUAUCUACUAUAGUAUUAUAUACCAAACAUAUUAAAGCAUUGGUUUAUUGAAAAUUCUAUAUAUUUGUUUAAUCAAAAUAGGUAUCUGCUGUCUGGGAGCUUGUCGGAAUUGACCUAACAGGUCCUUUCCCAAAGACAGUGGAUAGUUUUCAGUACAUUUUGAUGGCUACGGAUUGUUUUUCAAAGUGGGUGGAGGCUUUUCCACUAAGAACAAAAUGUGCUGCUGAGGUGGGACGCCAUAUUUGCUCCAUGGUCUAUCGACAUGGUUGUCCCAAGCGAAUUCUUUCAGACCAGGGUAGAGAAUUUGUCAAUCAAGUAUGUGCACUUUCCAUUUACUAUUGUAUUUAAUAGUUAUUUUGUAAUAUGUUGGUUUAUUAAAAUAAUAUAUUCCAAAUGUUUUUGUUGUUUUUUUCAGCUCAACGACCCCAUGUGUAGUCUUCUUGGAAUUGAAAGAAGCGUGACAGCGGCAUAUCACCCACAGACCAACGGUCUGGAUGAAAAGACUAAUCAUAACAUCAAAAGGCAAGUUUAA